AUGACGACCUCACUGACCCUCCAGAAACUAUCGGAAGUUUUUGCGCGUCUUGGACUUCCUGAGGUCAUCGUCAGUGACAAUGGGACUCAGUUUGUCAGCGGAGAGUUCCAGGAAUACUGUCGCGUCAAUGGAAUUCAGCACCUUCGCACUUGUCCAUAUUCUCCAUCGUCUAAUGGGCAAUGUGAGCGCUUGGUCGAUACUUUGAAGCGCUCUCUGGAGAAACAGGCAUCGCAGAAAUUCGACAUUGCUCUUCAGAGAUUCUUGGCCAAUUACCGUGUAACUCCUAACGAGUAUGCACCAUCAGGAAUGUCUCCAUCUGAGGUUAUGUUUGGACGGAAAGUUCGCACAAUCUUUGAUCUCCUCAAACAUCGUCCAGUGGAGCCCCUGCAGCGCAAUGAGCAAAUGGAGAGUGAUUACAACAAACGUCACGGAACAAAACAACGCUCCUUCCGGAAGGGGGAGGGGGUAUACGCCAAGACAUACGCACAAGGAGGAAAGUGGAAGUGGACUCCCGGAAAAAUCAUUGAAAGGCGAGGAUCUGUUACUUACAAUGUUCGCCUAACCAAUGGACUUCUCGUCAGAUCUCACACAAAUCAAUUAAAGCACCGUUUUGUAGAGCCCGGGAAUUCCUCUGACCAAUCUUCUGCUGCUGUGCCUCUGUUCAAUCACUCAUCACCAUCUCCACCACUUGCUCCUGUGCCAACUCGAUCUUGCGUCACGGAGACGUUGGAUCGCUCAUCUCCCACAAAAUCGCCUGUGAAGUCACCACAAACACCAGUCAAAUCUCCAGUGCCUGGAGGUUCUCGUGAUGAAACCUCAUCCGAGGUGACUCCACCACGCCCUGCUCCAAUCACGACGAACUCACGACACUCUUCACCACGAUCAGCUGUCACUAUUAGUUCGGACACACAAGACGAUAGCGACACACUUGAUUCGUCUAGUGGUGCCUCGGCUAAUCCGGGACAAGAAGUUGCUCAAGAGGAUGAGCUAACCCCCGCUGAUUCUCCAGAACUCCCGAGACCCGAACACACACCGAUGUAUCGCCGUUUGAGGGCAAGGCCAUAUCGCAUUAGCGAUCGCUUCAAGGGUAAAGACUAG